AUGGUUACGUUUUACAUGCGAUGUUCACUUCUCUAGCCGCAGUGUCAGUUUAUACAUCGUUUUGUCCAUCCUACGUGCUUUCCUGGAGUGCAAUCCCCGUGACCAAAUACUAUUUUACUGGAAGAACCAUUGUUUCUCCGUUCUAACAAAAUUUCAUCUUCGAGAUUUGUAGUAUACCAUCAUAUACAGUCGAGUAGAAACUAAGUUUGUCUUCUUCAUCAAAAGGUCGUUAUGAGAUAAUUCAGAAAGAUCCAGGAUGAUCCCAUCGGAUUGUACUCUCGAUAUCUCCAAUGUGUUUCAUUCCACUGCUGUAGUCAUUGAAGGAAGUUGUUUGAGUAAGUCGGAACCUACUGCUGUACUGAGAGACGUGUCCGCCCGAGUUCACGGUGGCGAGGUGUUAGCGAUUUUAGGCUCCAAGGGAUCUGGAAAAAGAGCUUUGCUCGAUGUCAUCGCUGGAAGGGCGGAGGGAGAAACUAGGGGUAGAGUCAGUCUAAAUAACAAUUUAUUAACUCCAGAAUUGUUUAGACGACAUGGUGGAUAUGUUGCACACAGGUGUCAUCUAUUACCUAGUCUAACAGUUCGACAGACACUGACCUAUGCCACAUGGCUUGCCAAUUUAAACAACAGGGAAGCCAGAGUUCGACAAACUCUAGCUGAUCUGGCUUUGUCUCAAGUUGCAAAUAGAUCGGUAAAUGAUCUGACGAAACCAGAAUACAGAAGACUAAUGUUGGGCGUACAAUUGGCUAAAGAUCCUACGUUGUUACUUCUGGACGAGCCCACAUGGGAUACCGAUCCCUUAAACACGUAUUUAAUCGUGUCUAUGCUCUGGUCUUACGCAACCAGAAGAGGAUCCAUCGUUGUCCUAACGAUGGAAACUCCUAGAUCGGACGUGCUACCUUUCGUGAGUCGCGUGACUCUCUUAUGUUUGGGGGCAGUUGUCUAUUCGGGGCCAACUAGAAGUAUGUUGGACUAUUUCACUUAUAUCGGUUUCCCAUGUCCUGAACUCGAAAAUCCUUUGAUGUAUUACUUGUGUUUAUCAACUGUCGAUCGUCGCUCGAGAGAUCGUUUCUUAGAAUCUAAUCAGCAGAUAUCCGUUCUGGUUGAAAAGUUCAAAGCCGAGGGUGUUAUUUACAUGAAAGAGGCGCCUCAAGUGCCACCCAAUAUUAAAGAUACAUCUUUAGGAAUAAUGCAUAAAGGUUUAGGGCGUGGAAUUAAACCAGGAUGUUUCUCCACUUUGUUUGCCCUUUAUUUAAGUCUGGCAACGACAUUUGCCUUCAAUAAAUCUGGCUUAGGGCACUUUGCUGCCAGACUACUAUUGUUACCAUUCUCAAUAGCUUUAAUGAGUAUUUUGUAUUCGCAUUCGACUCCUGUGCAAUCCAGAAUAUUUCUACAAACAAGUGGUCUUGUCUUCAAUGUGGUAACUCUGUUCUAUGUUGCUGGAAUAGCAUGCACAGCUCUCCUCUUUCCAGGAUAUAGGGCUAGAUACUAUCAAGAAAAAAGAGAAGGUCUAUAUGGCGGAGCUAUGUUCUUGACCGCAUAUGCAUUACUGAGCUUGCCAUUAAGUUUUGUGUCUACCAUGAUCACCAUUGGUAUCCUGACACCUAUUUUAGAGCUAGAUUUGUCUACCUGGGCUUAUGCCUGUGGUGUUUUAUGGGCCAGUUAUGUGGCAGCAGAACAAAUAACUGUUGCAGUGUUCAUGGUGGUUGGUAGACCCAUUACAGGUGCAAUAAUGGUGUUAUACAUGACAUUGGUGUCUCUGGUAAUUGCAUCAGGAACCAUCAGAAGUCUGAAAGGCCUGCCGUAUUGGCUUGCAGCAGUUUCCACUGCAUUACCUGCUAGGUACGCAUCAUUGGCUCUAAAUCAAUUAGCCAUUGAUGUGCCUACAUUUUUAAAUUUGCAUUAUAAUGAAAGCUUCACGUGUCCUGGGAUACCAGAACUGUGUAGAUAUCCAGAUGGGAGAUCGUAUUUAAUAGAACGUUUCACCCGCGAAGGCGAAAAUAUUUCAGAAGUAUUGAAUGUUGACUUAAACUUAUUAAUCUCUCUGGCUUUUGCUGUCGGACUGAGUAUAUUAAACAGUGUUCUGUAUUUAUUACCACUUCCAGCAAAAGUAAAAGCCAAAUUUAGAGAGUAGUUUCUUUAAUUGUAGGUCUUAGACCGAUAGAAAUAUAAAAGCAGAGCUUGUUCUCUUUUUGGAA